GCCGUAAAGGGCUCUACGAGUCGUGAAGUGGCGAGGCGCGGAAGUGUUGCUUUACGACGAUUUGGACGAAAGCUGCAGGCCGGCGUUUGCUGCAUGGGGCUUUCGGUCCCGCACGUGGGCGACUGCCGGUGUUCCGCCCCAGAAUUCGUUCUUUUUGGCGUGGACAAGCCACUCUGAAGGGUAGAAUGGCAGCGAAGGCCAGAGGUCGUGAGCUGAUGGAUACGCCUGUUGAAAAUGAAGGGACUUUGGGAGGAGGUCUGCAGAGUGGUGCUGAGGGGGCGCGGCUAAGGCUCGAGUCCGGUAGGGAGAGAGUCGGGGGCACAGCAGGGACGGACGCUGGCAGUGUAGAAGCGGGGAAUGGACAGGCAGGAAUGAAGACAGAGGAUAGAGAAGGAAGUGGACAAACGGCAGAGGAGAUGCGAGUGGACCUAACCGUUGUGAAACAAGAAGUUAUGGACUGGUCGGAAAUGGAAGACGGUAUGCUGGAUGGCCGGUGGGUAAAGCAGGAGGUGGAGGAUGGGCCUGAGGUGAAAGAGGAGAAACCAGGCAGUUUGGAGGUGAAGCAGGAGAUGGGUAGUAGUUUUGUGGUAAAAGAAGAGAAAGUGGAUGGAGCAGAGGUAAAAGAAGAGAAGGUGAAGGUGAAGGAAGAGGUGAUGGACUGGCUAGAUGUGAAGGAAGAGAAGAAAGAUAACUUGGAGAUAAAAGAGGAGGUGUUUGUUGCUCAAAACAUAAAAAAGGAGGAAAUGAUGGAUGAAGUUUGUGUAAAAGAAGAGAAGUAUUUCCCAAAGGAAGAAGUGAUGGAUGAUACAAAGGUGAAAGAAGAGCCUCAGAUAAAUCCCCCAGUGGGUUUCAAACGGAAACUGGCCAUGUCAAGGUGUGAAACUUGUGGUACAGAAGAAGCAAAGUACAAAUGUCCACGUUGUAUGCGAUAUUCCUGCAGUUUGCCCUGUGUAAAGAAACACAAAGCAGAACUGACCUGUAAUGGAGUUCGAGAUAAGACUGCAUAUGUUUCCAUACAACAGUUUACUGAAAUGAAUCUCCUGAGUGAUUAUCGGUUUUUGGAAGAUGUGGCAAGAACAGCAGACCACAUUUCUAGAGAUGCUUUCUUAAAAAGACCAAUAAGCAAUAAACAUAUGUACUUUAUGAAAAAUCGUGCCAGAAGACAAGGUAUUAACUUAAAGCUUCUACCCAAUGGAUUCACCAAGAGAAAAGAAAAUUCAACAUUUUUUGAUAAGAGAAAACAACAGUUUUGUUGGCAUGUGAAGCUCCAGUUUCCUCAGAGUCAAGCUGUGUACAUAGAAAAAAGAGUACCAGAUGAUAAAACUAUUAAUGAAAUCCUAAGACCUUACAUUGAUCCUGAAAAGUCUGAUCCUGUAAUUCGUCAAAGGUUGAAAGCCUACAUUCGCUCUCAAACUGGGGUCCAAAUUUUAAUGAAGGUUGAAUAUAUGCAGCAAAAUUUAGUAAGGUAUUAUGAACUGGAUCCUUACAAAAGUCUCCGGGACAAUUUGAGGAACAAAGUGAUCAUUGAGUAUCCAACAUUACAUGUGGUAUUAAAAGAAUCCAGUCAUGACAUGGAAGUUCUUCACCAAGUGAAAAGUGAAUCUCCCAAGAACGUUGGCAAUGAAAAUUGAGCACUUCUUCUGGAGGAAGAAGGUGAAAAUUCCCAGACAAUUGCAGAGGACUGACUAUGCAUUGACUAGCUGUUGGAUGACUGGGAUAUUGUCAGUGGGCGGUUGGAAUUUUUUGCUUCCCUGAGAGUAAUUAAACAAUCUAAAAGUUUUUUUUAAAAGGUGUAUUUUCUAGCCUCUUGGAUUGACUUAUAAGGCCCUUAUUCCUAGUAAUAACCCCUUUUCUGCACCUGACCAGCAUAGUGCUUAUUUCAGUUAGGCCCAGGGUUUUAAUAUGCUUAAUUCCAAGGUUGAAAACUUUUUUUGUUUAGUUUGAUGCAAGACCAAACCCAAGAAUCACCUGUGUCAGCCACAAAGCUGGCAGUCUCGUUGGUAGAACCUCACUAAACAUAAAGGCUGUGUGACACACCAUGUAGCCACAGGAGGACUGACCCAUCGUUACCUAUUCUUGUCUUUGGGGUUUAUUUGUAACUCACCCUCUUGAGAUGACUGAGUGGGUCUUUUUUACUUGGGUAGCAUCUAGUUCAGUGUCACAUGUAAAGGAUAAAUAAAUACUAUUAACUAUUACUUCUUAUAUUCAGUUCACAAAAUCAAUGGCUUCUCGUUGUUUGAACCAUCAGUGCUCACAAAUUUGGCUCUCCUUGUUUGCACAGUGAGCUGUGUCUUAUUAUGAAUUCUGUGCCUUUCAUUCCGUUCCCAUUCCACUCUCCUCAUUACCAUACAGGGGUGUUGUGAUGAGCAGUUUUAUGCUGUUUUGAAACAUCCAGCAAUAACUAAAGAAAGAAACACUUGGAACUCUUCAAAGUGUUACUGGAAUGUAUAUGUGCAUUUAUGUAUAUACAUGGCUUAAUUUAUACCUUAUGGCAGCUCUGUAUACAUUAUGAUCUCACAUAUUGAAAUUAAAGUUUCCUAGUUUUAUUGGAAUUUAUACAGUUAUGAAAUUGCAAUAUGGCUAUAAAAGAGUAAAAGAUUAUUACAUCUG